CUACUACCGAAUUUACAGGAGGUUUUGAGACUUAUUCCUGUGAAAUUCAUUUACUUGUUCGAUCUAAAGGGUUAACGUUGUGGAAUAGAUCUCUUGUGCUGUCGAAACUUUAUAGUUCUACCUUCAGAAUAUUUGGUUUUAAAGAAUUAGAGGAUCUCUAUAAUUUUACCAAUACUGAAGUGUUAGGUUAAAGAGUUUUAACUUAGAAACAACGGCACUUAAUAUAUGAGGAUAUUUUAAAGAUCUCAGAGCUUUAUUAUUUAUUGUAUUUAUUUAGUUUCUCGGUAGUUUGUGUGAUAUCUAUCCUAUCAAACAAAAUGGCAGCUCCAACAAUCACCCAGAAAGACACAACCUUCACGAAGAUCUUCGUUGGUGGACUUCCAUACCAUACCACAGAUAAGUCAUUACGGGAAUUCUUCGACAAGUUCGGAGAUAUAGAAGAGGCUGUCGUUAUCACAGACAGACAAACGGGCAAGAGUCGAGGAUAUGGAUUUGUCACAAUGGCGAACAGGGAAGCCGCAGAAAAGGCGUGUAAAGACCCCAACCCAAUAAUAGAUGGCAGAAAAGCAAAUGUAAAUCUAGCCUACCUAGGAGCGAAACCAAGAGCUAUUCCGCUUGCUAUUAAAACAGGAAUCCCCGGAGUUCUCCCUGGACAAUAUGGCAUUCCACAGUACCUGUAUCCCUCCGCGUAUAUGACAGCGGCAACAGCGCCCUCCAUGUUGACAGCGAACGCCAUGCAGGCCUUACAAUCCCCUCUCUCACCGACUGGUCAGUUUAUCGAUUACUCGGCAGCGUACGGCUCACAGCUGGCCACAGCGGCGGGCCUCGAGGCGGCCGGAUAUCCUUACGUUAACGUCUCAUCGGCUGGCCUCAUGGCCGCCAGCAGCCCAUACACGUACGCCGUCCCACAGCAGCUUGCCGCCGCUUCCGGUGCCUUCUACCAGCCGCAGCAGCUACAGGAGAGGAUGCAAUGACGCCUAAGAGCGCCUAGUGACCUAGAUUUUCUAUCACCGUCCCCAAUCGCUUACAAAGACUAUUAGAGCCAGCCAGACUGACGUUUGUAACGUUAUCAAAUGGAAAUGUUAUUUCAUUACAAUGGCAUGAAAUUUAGUUUCAUUGUACAUAAGAAUAGGCAAAGCACAUUUUGAUCAUGUUUUAUCGGUUAUAGUAUUUUAAUACCACGUCAGGUACUCAUUUAUUUAAGGCUAACACGGAUGUGCCUGAAAACUAGAGAAAAUUGGCAGAAAGUUGAAACUUAUUAUAAACGAAAAAUGUUGGAAUUUCUAAAUAAUUCAUAUGAAAGUACAACGAUUUGGUUUAAUACAUCUUUUAUCAAUAGAAACAAUAGUGAUGUGGAAAUUGUGAUAUUUAUUCAAUCAUUGUAUAUAUUUAUAUACUUUUUUUCUCAAAUAUUUAUUCUAUGCAACGAUUUCAAGGAAAACAACUGACUGUUUUUAGCUUUUAAGAGUUUAUAAAGAGGUAAUUAUGCAAAAUUAUUAAUUGCAAACACGCCAUUUUAAAAAUAUUUUAAGGAAGAUAAGAUUUGCUCAUUAUAUAUGUUUGAGUAUAGCUGGCAGUGUAUGAUUGGACGCAUGCCUGAGAUUUUGUGUAAUUUAUUGUCACACUUGAUGUUUAAAUGAGGGAGGGAAUGCGUCUCAUACAAACGCAGGCUAAAAAUGCCUUAACCGCCAUUUUGAUUUUUGAAAAUUUAAUAUUUUUGGUUAUACAAAUUCUAUUAAGCUGUUAGGUUUAAGACCACCAAAAAAUGUUGUAUUGAUUUUGGAAAUUUAUUUUUAUUUUUAUUAAGAUUGUUUGUACGGAAAUGGUUUUGUUCAUGAAUGUAAGGGACUAUCAAUCACACUGACAUUUCACUAUAAGGAUCCGUCCAGAUUUGUAACCCAUCAUGUCGAGUUAUUUUUGCUCGAAAAGCGGUCCAUGUUUAGUUUGCCAGUCAUUUCUUUUACAUUUACGUAAUGUGUCGAUCGUUUACGUUGUCGUUUACGAGUCUUUCCGGAAAUACACGAGUGGUUACGGAUGAUCAUUUUAUUUAUAGAAUGUCUCAAUCCGGCAACCAAUGAUAGGUGUUUAAUUUAUGAAAUGGAAAUUAUUUUAAAUUCAUAUAAAUGGAUUUAUUUUGUAAAUAUUGUUAUGUAUGUAUCUUUAAUAAUAUAAUUUAUGUAAUAAGUUAUUACGUUAACAUUGAUAAUGCUGUUGUACUGUAUAAUUAUAUAUCGCACCAUGUUCCCCAAUGAUUAAUUGUUACAUUCAUCAUUCUUUGACAAAUGCGCCGUUAAAGUGCUAUAUGUUAUGUUUUGCUUGAUAUAAAUCUUUAGUUACUACUUCUGUAGAACAAUUUCAGUUAGAAAUAAUGUCAAAAACUCGGAAAAUACAGCAAAAACGAUCAAAUGAAUCAAAAUCAGUAUUCACCUUCAUUUGCCCUUUGCCUCGUUUUGGAUUUUCCCGGAAAUGACGUAUGAGGUUAAGCGCAGUGAAGGGCAUCGCCGUAUAGUAUUAUUUAACUUAACUUGCACCUGUAAUCUACUGUACAGCUACUCUUGUUUAGUUUAAUUAUUUCACGCACACUAAAUUUCAAUCUCACCUUCAUCUGUAUCCUCAUUUUAACGGCGCUUUUUAUUUAUUAUAUUUUUAAAGAAAAACGGAACGGAAAUGGUUUAUAGUAGUGACCAUUAUUAAACAUUUUGCUUUCCUAAUUGUUAAAGCAGUAUUCAGUAUGUAAGCGACGUUCAUAUCUAUGACGCUUAGUAAAUUAAGCAAAUUCGGCAGGGGUCGUCCGAUAACGGCGAUCGUCCGAGUGUUUCCGAAAAUUGCCGAUUGCUGUAUGUAUGUAUUUAAGUAAAUGUAAGUGCAAAAAGGGCAAUUCACUGAAUAAGGAUUUGAAAAGCAUGUGAUUGAUUUUUUUAACAGUUAAAUUGUUUCUGACUUCAAGUAUGGCGCCUGUUAGAAAAGAAUCUCAUUGUUUAUCAUCCGCCACCAGUUCAAUAUAUUUAGUUUAUUUUAAGGAGUUAGGGUAUACAAAAAUGACGUUUAUAUGCUACUUUUAAAGAUACGUAGUUUUGUAGGUAUUUAGAUUCAGUUUCCUAUAAUUUAUUAAGCCUUCGUGUAUAUUAUUUUCUCAGCCAUUCUCAUAACGAUAUUCAACAUCAUUUUUAUCAAAGUAAAAAUAUUUCGCCCAAUAUUGCGUAGUGAAUUCAUUUAUCAUUUUCGGUUUGAAUUCUCGUAAAACGAGACCAUUUCAUUGUAGAAGAAUGUAUACUACACCAUUGACAAUAUUAUGUUCAUAACAAUUAAUAGCUUUCAUUUAUUGUAUGCGCUUCGCCUUUAUACAUAAUUUAUUAAAUUGAACUUUUCAGCAGACUGCAAUAGAAAUCGGAUAUGAACUAAUUCGGACAAUUUUUAACAAAGAAGGUUUUAAACCGUUCAAAGUGAUAAUGGUACAUAAUAGUCAGGAAAUUGUUGAACUAUUUUUUAGAUUUUAUUAUUUGUUACUUAAUUUGUUGGUUUCAAACAGGACACAACACGUUGAACGGUUAUUAUUUGUUUAAAACAGUUUAUUCAAUGGCAAUAGUGUUACGACAAUCACCGUUAAGAAUAGUAUUAGUAAAAUUAGAUAACAAACUUCGUAUUAACAAUUUAUAUAAUAUAUAAAUAAGUAUUUUGAUUUGUUGUCACCAAUUUAAGCAUAAAGUAGAAGUUUGUACAAACCAAAUGUUCACGUAGCGGUUACUUCCCCUUUCAGGUCUGUUGCCAUGGUAUCGUACAUGUUAGGGGAGCUAACUGUGUCGGUAAUUGGUUAUCUAGAACUAUUUGUUUGAAAUGCAAUUGUUCAGUGUUUUGUGGCGUUCAAGUUUGCUUUGGACUCGAAAAAUGUGUGUUAAAAACGAGAUUGCUCAAAUUUUGGAAAAUGUUGGCAUAAAAUUCAGAUUUACAUGGGAUAUUUUGUAAAAACCGUUCUUCACAUUAUAAACCGAAUAUUGUCAUAUCAAUGUAAUAUUUUAACCAUGUUAUACGAUGUUUAUAUGUAGUUCCACGUCAUCAUGUUGUUAUCAUUAAUUUAAAAUGUCAUGUAAUUUAUGAUGUAUAUAUUUCCAUAGUAUUAGUUAAAAAUGUUAGCUUACAUAAUGAUAUAACUUGAAUCAAAACUUUAUCAUAUUCUCCCAGUGUAUUUUAUAUACUUAUGGCAAGAAUAAAAUUUUCGGUCUUAAAAAAAUUAAUAGAAUGUUCUCAGAAAUACUCAGAACUUAAUUUCAAUGUUAAAUGCCAUGAACGCAAAAUGAAAGAACCAGAUAGUUUUGAUAAUGAUAAAAGCAAAUGUAAUUAUUAUUUCUCCCUUGUAUCAUUUGAAAUGUAGAAGAUUUUCGUUCGGCAAUUUCUGUUAUUUCGGUCAGAAUUUAAAACACACAAAACGGAAACGCAUCACAUUGAUUCGUUAACUUACGAAACUCACGGAAAUUGCCGAAUAAAAAUCUGACGUCAUCUGAUCAUUACGAUUCGGUAGAAUCAAAUAUUAUUAUAAUAUAUGUGCAUAAUCGGCGAGAAACAAUAAGUCUAUCGUUUAAAUUUACCUAUGUUAAAUCAUGAACAAGAAAUAAAUAUAAAACAAA